AUGCUUUUUACCGCCGCAUUGCAGUGGGUGAUGAAAUUAUUACUGGAUUGGAACGAGAGAGUACAACCGACUUACUCAUUAUCUCGCAGUUCAGAUAUGAGAUCAAUGUCUCGUCUUCGCGAACCAGCGGAAUACGUCUCUAAGGCAAAGCAUCGAUGGGCUGGUCAUACAAUGAGAAGGAUAGACGACGUGGACAAAAAGAACUCUGGAAUGGAUUCCUCGCGAAGCAAAACGUCGUCGAGGGGGCCACCGAGCAGAUGGGCUGACGUGUUUGUUGCACGGAUGGACCAGCUGAAUCUCCAGCUGGUAACGAGUGAUGUAUCUGGACCUCGCGCGUCGCCGCUGGAGUUCAAUACCAACAUCGUGGAUGACGCUAGCGAGAGACAGAAACGGAUUAAUACAGUACUGUAG